ACUUCGGUUUCUUUAUAGUACAAUCUGAAUAAAAUUUGGAUCUAUUAUAAUUUUCAUUCGUAUAGUUCUGGACAUAAUAUUCAAUUUCAUGAUGCUUGAUGUAUAGGGAAAACGGAAGUAUUACAUUUUCCCAGCAUUAGGUUGGCAUUUUGUGUACCCAAGGGAAGCAACUAGAUAACAACCUUUGAAACCAGAAAUGCGUACGCAUCUACUUGUUAAAAAUAGAACGGCUUCCCCGUAUUUAUUUCCGGCGCUCUUUUUGAAAAUGAAAGUAGAACAGGAGGGAAGAGAACAGCUAAGCUAAAUAGUUAAAUAAAAACAUGUAGAACUAGAACAACGCAAAUAUGGAACAACCCCCACUCCAACAGACAGAGGAUACAGGAUGGUGUGAUUUUUUUUCCACAUUCCAUAACCCAAAUAUAAUGGCUUUGUUGAGUCAAAAGAACAGUUAGAGGAGCUUAAGUGGCACUAUGAAGUGGAGACAAAAUCAUAUUUUGUUUCUGUGAAAACUUCAUCCACUUUUGGAAACACUGAUAUUGACAGUAAGCAGCACAAGAUCCAGUGGAGGGAAAAGAACAACCUUCAUAUGCCAGACAAUCCCUAUAUAGUCCUACAAACAGAGAGAUUUGAGUGUCACCAUGGGCCAGAUAGAAAUAAGGCUAAAAAAGUCAAAGCCCAGAAUGCACAGCAAUCGGAUCACUCUGCUUAUCAAAAGAAACGUUUCCACAUCCAAACAACUAAAAAAUUGAACUGUCCUGCGACCAUUAUUGCAAAAGAGAUGAUUUUCUUUACUGACUUUAAGGAUUGUAUCUCAAAGUAUAAAAAAGAGCAACUGUCCAGGGUUAUUAGAAGCAGUUUAACUGAUACAGAUAUUAAACUGGCAAUGACACGCCAUAUUUUUAUAUCAUUGCCACAAGGAGAAAGAAAUGGACAUCAAAAUCAUCUUUAUGGAGAGGCCGCAGAAGUUUCCAUACCAGUGGACAAAAGAAUUAUUGGUAAAAUUGAGGAGUAUGUUGGUGAAGGUUUAGUGUCAUCAAGCUGCUUAAGACCAUUACUUGAGCAGUUUGUAAGACACGAAAUAUUUGCUGGUGAGAAAUGUGCCAACUGGACAAACAGAAGAUUUUUCCCAAGUCAGCGGGAUAUAUCUAACUUCGUUUAUGCUGCUAAGUUGAAGGGAUUGAAGGCCAAAUAUGAUCAGGAAAACUUAAUGGCUCAUGUUGAUGAGUGGCAGAAAGACAGGCCAGAAGAUAAGUUUCUUUUCUCUGGUUCUGAUGUGAACACAGAAGAUACUGGAGACUCAACAGGUUUCUUUUUCUUAUACCAAUCAACCUGGCAACAACGACUGCUUAACCUUUAUGGCAAUGAGAUUUGUCUUCUAGAUGCUACAUACAGAACAACAAAAUAUUCAAUUCCACUGUUUUUCUUGUGCGUCAAGACAAAUGUGGAUUAUUCAGUUGUAGCUGUUUUUGCAUGUCAGUAUGAAAACAGUAGUACCAUCACUAAGGCUCUCAACCAAAUUAAAGAAUGGAACCCUAACUGGAACCCGAAAUAUUUCAUGGUAGACAACUGUGAAGCUGAGAUCAAAGCAAUCAUUACUUGUUUUCCAGCACCAGAUUGCCAGCCUUUUAUCUGUGAUUUUCACAGAGAGCAGGCCUGGAGUAGGUGGUUGAAAGCGAUUAAACAUGGUCUUAACCAGAAUGUUGAUGAUGUUUUGCUGAUCCUAAGAAGAGUUGCUAGAGCACAAACAACUGCACAUUUUGAUGAAGCCAUCAGCAACCUAAAAGAGGGCUAUUUUUGGAAAACCCACAAAGAAUUUAGAGAUUGGAUGAAUAAUACCUGGUUAAAGAGUGUAAAGGGGAUGAAAUUCUUUUCUUUAAAAUUAAAAGUAUUCAGAAUGCUUUAUAUGUGGGCUUGGUUGUACAGGAAAGACCGUCUGUUGGUAAAAAUUAACACCAACAAUGGUGUUGAAAGACAAAACAGGACACUUAAAUAUGAUUUCCUGGCCAAAUACACAGACCGCACUCUAACAGGGAUGUUAACCACUGUUAUUAAGCGGUUUCUGCCAGAUCAAUAUAGGAAAUAUCUAGAUGUUAACAUAAAAGCAUCUGCCUUCUACAAACAGUACAACCAGCACAUACCUGCAUUUCUCCAUAAUCGACCAAAGGAGAUGGACAAGGGAAACAUCAAAGUAAGACACCAGUUGGUCUGCACCACAAACAACAUCAUUAAUGGAAAAUAUGUCCCUGGACGACAUGAAAAGAACAAAUUAAUACCAUACGACUUUGUCAUUGGAGCCUACCACCAGAGAGGAGGUCAUUGGGAUUUGCUGAUUGUUGAACCAUCAAAGGGAAAGGUUGUUUUUCUCAACCCUUUGGGAGCCUCACCAAAUCAAAAGAGAACAGUUCUUUUGAAUUGGAGAAAAUACAUAGGACAGAUGCUUCUUCUUCAUCCAGAGAAUGGGUACAAAAACUGGACACUGGAAGUACCUGACCAUUCCAAACAACUAGAUGGAUCCAGUUGUGGCAUCUUCUGUCUUUUGUUUGCAGAGAAAUAUCUGGCUGGACAAUCUCUGCUUGGUAUAACUCAGGAAGAAGUAAAUAAUAAAAGAGUAAUGAUAGCCCAAACACUGAUGAUGUUUGAAGGACACAUGGUGGGAUGCUGUCCAUGCUGUGGAUUUCGAACAAAUGCUGAUGAAGAACAAUUGAUUCAAUGCAAAAUAUGCAAGAAUUUGUUCCACAGAAAAACCCAUUGUGUUGGUGAGGCUUUAGCAACUGGCACCAGCAAUGAAGACUUUGUUUGUGAAAUAGACAGAACAGUUGAAAAAAAAUGAGCUAUUUUGUAAAUAAUAAUCAAUUUUGAAAUAUUUAUACAUUAGGGAUAGUCAACCAUGUAAAAUGAGUUUUGUUUUACUGAGAUCAAGUGUUGUACAGUUAUAUUUCUGUGUAGAACAUACUGCCAGGUUACUGAAGUUAGUAUUAUGCCUGUACUAACCUCUGUAACCUGUUUAUACAUAAGGGGUAGUCAACCAUUUAAUAUGAGUUUUCUUUUACUGAGAACAAGUGUUGUACAGUUAUAUUUCUGUGUAGAACAUACUGCCAGGUUACUGAAGUUAGUCUUAUGCCUGUACUAACCUCUGUAACCUGUUUAUACAUAAGGGAUAUUUAAACAUGUAAUGUGAGUUUAGUUAUACUGAGAACAAGUGUUGUACAGUUAUAUUUCUGUGUAGAACAUACUGCCAGGUUACUGAAGUUGAUCUUAUGCCUGUAAUAACCCCUGUAAUCUGUUUAUACAUAAGGGGUAGUCAACCAUUUAAUAUGAGUUUUGUUUUACUGAGAACAAGUCUUGUACAGUUAUAUUUCUGUGUAGAACAUACUGCCAGGUUACUGAAGUUGAUCUUAUGCCUGUACUAACCCCUGUAAUCUGUUUAUACAUAAGGGUAGUCAACCAUGCAAUGUUAGUUUUGUUUUACUGAGAACAAGUGUUGUACAGUUAUAUUUCUGUGUAGAACAUACUGCCAGGUUACUGAAGUUAGUAUUAUGCCUGUACUAACCUCUGUAACCUGUUUAUACAUAAGGGUAGUCAACCAUGCAAUGUUAGUUUUGUUUUACUGAGAACAAGUGUUGUACAGUUAUAUUUCUGUGUAGAACAUACUGCCAGGUUACUAAAGUUAGUAUUAUGCCUGUACUAACCUCUGUAACCUGUUUAUACAUAAGGGGUAGUCAACCAUUUAAUAUGAGUUUUGUUUUACUGAGAACAAGUGUUGUACAGUUAUAUUUCUGUGUAGAACAUACUGCCAGGUUACUGAAGUUAGUCGUAUAUCUGUACUCACCUCCAUGAACUGUUUAAAAGUAAGAGAUAGUUAACAAUUGUAUAUGCGUU